CUUUAAAACACCCUAUAUAUAUUACGUCGAGAACCACUUGUAAACCGGUCGCGACACUGAAAAGAUCCAUUUGAUCAACACCAGUCAGUCUGUAAAUACAGAGGCUAACAUCCGCACAGAGCAACUCGUCAAUUCGUGACAGUGAAUAACAGUGAAAUACCUGAAUAGAGCCAUGUCCACGGACGUACGAGGAGUUAUAUUGUCCGGCACGGAAUUGGCAAAAGAGAUACGCGCUGACUUAACCAAAGAUGUAAGCGACCUCAAGAAAAAACUACCUGGCUUCGCACCAGGUCUGGCUAUCGUUCAAGUAGGCGGCCGGGAAGAUUCUAAUGUUUACAUCAAGAUGAAAAUUAAGGCGGCCGCCGACAUAGGGAUCGUCGCCGAACAUGUGAAGCUUCCUAACACGACUACAGAAAUACAACUCAUUAAUAAAAUUAAUAAGCUGAACAAUGAUCCUAACGUUCAUGGGAUUAUUGUGCAAAUGCCGCUCGAUACCGUAAAUAAAAUCAAUUCUCACCUGAUUACUGAUCUGGUGUCGCCUAAUAAGGAUGUUGACGGACUAAAUACCAUUAACGAAGGUCGAGUUGCGAUCGGUGACAUGUCCGGCUUUCUGCCAUGCACUCCGAAUGGCUGCAUCGAAUUAAUUAAGAAAAGCGGUGUUGCUAUUGCUGGUGCACGAGCCGUCGUUUUAGGGAGAAGCAAAAUCGUCGGCACUCCAAUUAGCGAAUUAUUGAAAUGGCAUAACGCCACUGUAACAGUUUGCCACUCCAGAACGAAGAACCUUCCUGGCAUUGUACGCGAAGCCGAUAUUUUAGUGGUAGGCAUAGGACAACCAGAAUUAGUCAAAGGUGAUUGGAUUAAACCGGGUGCCGUUGUUAUCGAUUGCGGUAUUAAUCCUGUACCAGACUCAACGAAAAAAAGCGGACAACGUCUGUUGGGCGACGUAGCGUAUCAGGAAGCUGCCCAGGUAGCAUCAUACAUCACACCAGUGCCAGGCGGCGUCGGGCCUAUGACAGUAGCAAUGUUGAUGAAGAAUACUGUGAUAUCAGCGCAAAGAGCUGUGGAGAAGAUGCUCACCACUCAGUGGAAUCUAAGGGUUCUUAAAUUGAAUUUCGUUCAACCUGUACCGAGCGACAUUAGUAUCUCCAGGUCCCAGGAACCGAAACUGAUUUCCUCACUGGCCGAAGAAAUUGGACUGCUGUCGAACGAAUUCAGUCCUUAUGGCAACAAGAAGGCCAAGAUCGGUCUUAGAGUGCUGCAACGACUGAAGAAUCAACAGAACGGAAAGUAUGUCGUAGUGGCGGGUAUCACACCAACGCCAUUCGGCGAAGGCAAGAGCACGACUUCUCUCGGGUUAGUACAAGCUUUAACAGCACACCGCGGAAGGAAUUCCUUUGCUACCCUAAGGCAACCCAGUCAAGGACCUACAUUUGGUGUUAAAGGAGGUGCUGCAGGAGGAGGUUAUUCGCAGGUGAUCCCUAUGGAGGAAUUCAAUCUUCACUUGACCGGUGAUAUUCAUGCUGUAAGCGCAGCGCACAAUCUCCUGGCGGCGCAAAUCGAUGCGAGAUAUUUUCACGAAUCGACUCAAACAGAUAAGGCCCUUUUCGAUCGAUUAGUACCAUCUAAGAAAGGUCUCAGGCAGUUUUCAAAAAUUCAGCUGAGACGAUUGAAAAAACUCGGCAUCACGAAAACCGAUCCCAACGCGUUGACUGAAGAGGAGCAACGUAGAUUCGCGCGGCUGGAUAUCGAUCCGGAGAAUAUUAUGUGGCCAAGAGUGGUGGACAUAAACGAUCGAUUCUUGCGAAAAAUCACUAUCGGUCAGAACCCAACAGAGAAAGGCAAGACAAGAGAAACUUCAUUCUGUAUUUCCGUGGGUUCUGAGCUAAUGGCAAUCUUGGCAUUGUCGACUGAUGUCGAGGAUAUGAAGAGACGGCUUGGCAACAUCGUGGUGGGAUUCAGCAAAAGUGGCGAACCCUUAACCGCUGACGAUUUCGGUUGCACUGGGGCAAUGGCGAUUCUGCUGAAAGAUGCAAUAGAGCCGACGCUUAUGCAAUCCUUGGAAGGUACACCCAUAAUGGUGCACACCGGUCCAUUCGCCAAUAUCGCCCAUGGUUGCUCGUCCAUUAUCGCCGACGCGAUUGCCCUAAAACUAGUUGGACCGGAAGGAAUCGUUAUAACGGAAGCAGGAUUCGGAUCGGACAUCGGCAUGGAGAAAUUCUUCGAUAUCAAGUGUCGUACGUCUAAACUUAUACCGAACGCUGUUGUACUCGUUGCGACUAUCAGAGCAUUGAAGAUGCACGGCGGCGGACCAUCUGUAAAUACCGGAGCGCCUCUGCAGAAAGAGUAUCUCGAGGAAAACAUCGAACUCGUCAGCAAAGGCCUGCCAAAUCUCGAGAAGCACAUCAACAACGGCCUCAAAUUCGGCGUGCCUGUUAUUGUCGCCAUCAACUCUCACACUACCGAUACUCAAGCGGAACUGGAACUCGUCAGGCAGGCAGCCCUGAGAAGCGGUGCAUCCGAAGCAGUAGUAUGUAGCCAUUGGGCCAACGGUGGUGCAGGCGCCACGGCGCUCGCGGAUGCAGUAAUUGCGGCCACGAAUACACCUAGCAAUUUCAAGGUGCUGUACAAUGUCGAAGACAGCAUCGAAGAGAAAAUUAAUAAAGUCGCCAAAGAAAUCUAUGGAGCUGGUCGCGUCGUGCUCGCAGAAAAGGUGCAGAAAAAGAUCAAGAACUACAACGAGCUGGGAUACAACAAACUGCCGAUAUGUAUGGCAAAAACUUCGAAUUCGCUAACCGGAGAUCCAUCUAUCAAAGGCGCGCCAACCGGUUUCACGCUCGACAUUACGGAUAUAUUCGUCUCGGUCGGUGCUGGAUUCGUAGUUCCCAUGGUAGGAGAAAUUAUGAUGAUGCCAGGACUCUCGACUAGACCGAGUAUCUACGACAUGGACUGGAAUAGCGAAACUGAUGAAAUCGAAGGUCUAUUUUAAACAAUUGAAUGAAAUUGUUCUGUAAAGAAAACAUUCUCAAGAUGUACACUAACAAACGAGUUGCCAACAUUUCAUGUAGUAGUCAAAAAAUUUUAAUUUCCAUACAACUCUUAUUUGACAGAAUGUCGUAUACACAAGUAUACAAUCUCAGCGUACGUAAACAAUAAAAGAACGUCUGUAACUA